UUUAUUUGGUUCAACAAGCACAUGCUAGGACUCCUGAAAGUAUAGAAAAACCUAAAGUAAAACUCAGUGUCGAAGUGGAAGAGGAUGAACCAUUUGUGCCUUCACUACUUAAUUCCACAGUAUACAUUAUUUCAAUGGCAUUGCAAGUUUCCACAUUUGCUAUAAAUUACCGGGGACCUCCAUUCAUGCAAUCAUUGCGAGAGCAUAAGGCUUUACUGUACAGUAUUUUAGCUUCUGGAGGUGCGGUAUUUGCGUUAGCUGCAGGUGCUCUUCCAGAUUUAGCUGAACAAUUUGAAAUAGUUGAUUUUCCUGCUGAGUUUCGUCUGGUUUUGGUUCAAGUGUUGUUUGCUGAUUUCUUUUUUGCCUAUCUCGUGACAGGAUUUGCAUGUGGCUAUUCGGGGAAGGAAAAGCGAGAAUACUUAGAUCAUCUAGGUCGUAACACAUUCACACAGGCAGCAAUCACAAUCACCAA